GCUUUACGAUUGGCUAUUUGUCGUGACGCAAGUCGUCACUGGAGAAUCAAAACAAACCUACCAAGGUCAGCGAAAACCAGCUGAUUAGUGUUGUUUGUUUUGUUGUUAGCGAGGCCUACGUCGUGAAUCUAGGAGCAGCAUCGAGCCUAGUUGGUGAAAAUGACGUCUCCUAAACAAGUGCUGAAGAGCGUGGGUCCCAAGCUGGUGCCGUUCUUCAAGACGGUGGCCAUCUACUUCGUGCUGUUCAUCCCCGUGGAGCGGCCGUCGUGGUUCGCGAUGAUCAUCAAGUGCCUGCCCAUCGUCAGCCUCAUCGUGUUCGUGCUGCUGCACGGCAUGAGCCUGGGCGACGAGUACGCCUUCUCGCGCCGCAUCCUGGCGGGGCUGGUGCUUUCGUGCGUGGGCGACGCGCUGCUGGUGUGGCCCCAGUACUUCCUGCACGGCAUGGCGAGCUUCGGCGCCGCGCAGGUCGUCUACACCGCGGCAUUCGGCUUCCGGCCGCUCAGCGCCUCCCUGGGCGUGGCCCUGUACGCCCUCUGCGCGUCGGCGACCGUGGUCCUGAUGCCCGGCCUCAGCGGGAUACUCGCAGCCGGAGUGCCCGUCUACAGCAUCCUCCUCAUCACGAUGGCAUGGCGGGCCAUCGCCAGGGUGCAGCUGUUUGAGGAACUGUGGACUUGGACAAAGCUGUGCUCAUGCGCAGGUGGCAUAAUUUUCGCUGUGUCAGACGGCUUGAUUGGAUUCCACCACUUUCAUCAUCCAAUACCUCAUUCUCAGGCGCUCAUCAUGGUGACGUACUACGCGGCGCAGCUCGGCAUCGCGCUCAGCGUCGUCGACAGCAAGGCCAGCUACAACAAGCUGCAGUCGCUCGGCGCGAAGACGGGUGCCGUCGGCCACAGGACGAGGCGGGCCAUCCGCCUGCACUCCGCGCACUGAUCUCGCCCGUCGACGACCGCCAGCGUUCUGGACUCGGGGAUCGACGGUCCUCCGCCACGCGGGAUGUGCGGGAGCCAGAGCCAAUCGUCUCCCGGCGAUCUCCCGUCGCGCCGGGGGCCGCAACUCUCAACAUGCGUCGGCACGACGGCGGUGUUUCUCUCUCUCUCUCUCUCUCUCUCUCUCUCUCUCUCUCUUCCUCACGCCGACAGACAGGUUGCUUCUUCGUCUCUCUCUCGUCGCUAGCUGUCUAAACAUUCACACUCACUUCCACUGUUAUUGUGCAUGUUUCCCAUGCAUUCCCAUCUCUCUCAGUCUUCCGACAUGAAACUUCAUUCGACUUGUUAUAAUUGUUUUUAUCCGUGUACUUUACAGUUGAUAACUUCAUAUGAUCUUUUAAUAGCUUUCAUUGCUUCAUCGAAGCAGUCUGUCUUUAUUUUUGUGGUUGGGAGUUUGUUUCAUACGUUAUACAUAUAUACAAAGGCAUUGAUAUUAAAUAUGUGUGUGAUUUCAUAGUUAACUAGUUGUGAUGGUGCACUCUAAACACAUGAAAAUUUUUAUGAUAAAUUUCUAUAUAAAUAAAGUGUGUUCACCAUGUAGCAAUUUUAUAGUUGUACUUCGUUGAUAUAAAAUAUGUAUAUUUAUGUAGUGUCUUCCUUGUAAAGAAAACAGAGUUGCAUAACGAUUUAUUGGGCUAUUUAGUGUAUCAGUAAUGAAUGGUAUGUUAAAAAUGUUCAUUAGAAUUUUAAUGAUUGUUGUAUGUUACAAAAGUUACUUGUCUUGAAGUAUUUUUAAACCAAAAUAAAUACAUAGGUAGUGUUGAAAGUGACAUUCUGUUAAUGUUGUGAGUUCCUAAACUUCAUAGUGUAGAUAUUUUUAUUUUUUUAAUUUAGGUACAUAAGUUACCUUUAGUACUGUAUUUACAAUUUUUAAUAUGUAUAUGAAAAGUUUGUGCAUGCAGUAAUAUAAGUUUUUUGUGGUUUGUAUCGAAUGUAUUUUUUAUUACUAUCACUCAUCUGAUGUAUCAUUGUAAAAAAUUGCUGCUAUUGUUUUUUACCUCUACCAGAAGAUUGGUUAACAUGUAUGUGUAGAGAAUUUGAUUAAAAACUCUUAUCAGCAUUUAGAAUUAAGACUAGAUAAAAUAUCAUGUAAGGCAGGGACCUAAAAAUGUCUUACAAACCUAGAAAUAUGUUUUAAGAAUCUUUAAAAUGUAAACAUGAUUAAAACAGCAGAGAAUGCUUUGUACAUUGGUUUAGCUUCACAAGGCAAAACUAGUUUAAUAGAACAGUGGAAAUAAAAUAUAACUGUGUUAUUACUAUAUAACUUGUUGAAACAGAGGGAAAUAUAAACACUCAAGCCGGCAAAAGAAAAAUUUAUUCCUACAAGUGUUAUCAAAUGCUAAGAAUAUAAAUUGUUAUCAAAUCUUUUACGUAAUUGCAGUGUCUCUUGGUUUUAUUUGUGUCAUGUGUCAGCAAAGCAGAUUUUAAAAAUGUGUUUGUUCUAAUGCAAUACAAACCAACUGAAAGGAAGCCAUUAGAACAAAAAUAAAUAAAAUAAUGAGAAAGACUAGACAUUAGACUAUAUUAUAUGGGUAAACUUAGCUGGAAUUUAUGGAACAGAAAGGAAAUCCCAAAAUAACAAAGCUUAUAGAAGUAAUACAGAGACCAACAGAGUCCAAAUUACUCUUCUAUUCCAUUAUACUAAAGAAACUAGGAAUAAUGGUGGGAUGGUUGAAUGAAUAAUAAACUGUCAUUAAAUAAAAAUAAUAAUUAAUUUUUGGAAGUUUUAUAGUGGCCACUGUUGAAUCCAAUUAAAUGACUAGAAAUUUGCUCUCAA